AGGAACUACACUUCCCAGCAGAAGCCAGGGCUACUGCUACGUCCUCUCCCAGCGUGCUCUAAGGUUCGGCAAGCCGCUGCAAUUAACCCCUUAGUGGCAACCUACGUUUGAACCACAACCAGCACAGGGGCCGCCAUUCAGCCUUCAGAAUGCCGGAGGGCCCAGAGCUGCACCUGGCCAGCUGCUUUGUAAAUGAGACAUGUAAGGGGCUGGUAUUUGGCAGGUUUGUGGAGAAGUCCUCUGUCAGCCGCAACCCCGAGGUGCCCUUCGAGAGCAGCGCCUACCACAUCUCAGCCGUAGCCCGAGGCAAGGAGCUGCGCCUGACUUUGAGCCCCCUGCCUGGUGCCCAGCCCCCUCAGAAGCCGCUGUCCCUUGUCUUCCGCUUUGGUAUGUCUGGAUCCUUCCAGCUGGCACCUGCAGAUGCACUGCCGCCCCAUGCCCAUCUACGCUUUUACACGGCCCCACCUGCCCCCCGGCUUGCCCUCUGUUUCGUGGACAUCCGCCGUUUUGGCCACUGGGAUCCUGAGGGUGAAUGGCAGCCAGGCCGUGGACCCUGUGUCUUGCUGGAGUAUGAACGGUUCAGGGACAACGUACUUCGGAACCUAUCAGACAAAGCCUUUGACCGGCCCAUCUGUGAGGCCUUGUUGGACCAGAGAUUCUUCAAUGGCAUUGGCAACUAUCUGAGGGCAGAGAUCUUAUACCGGCUGAAGAUCCCCCCUUUUGAGAAGGCCCGCACAGUUCUAGAGGCCCUGCAGCAGUCCCGGCCGAGCCCAGAGCUGACUCUGAGCCAGAAGAUCAAGGCCAAACUGCAGAACCCAGACCUGCUGGAACUGUGUCACUUGGUACCCAAGGAAGUAGUUCAGCUGGGGGGCAAAGGCUAUGGGCCAGAGCGUGGAGAGGAGGAUUUUGCUGCCUUUCGAGCCUGGCUGCAGUGCUAUGGCGUGCCAGGCAUGAGUUCCCUGCGAGACCGGCACGGCCGUACCAUCUGGUUCAAGGGUGAUCCUGGACCCUUGGCACCCAAAGGGGGCAGAUCCCGGAAAAAGAAGUCAAAGGAGACACAGCUGGGGGCCGAGGUCAGGAAAGAGGACCUUCUGCUUUUGAGCAAGACCAUUUCCAGGACUCAGAGGGACAGGAAACACACCCCAAAGAGUAUAGCUCGACAGUCUGAAGGGACCAGCCUCCAACAAAACCAGGAAACCGCUACAGCCCCCAAGAGAGGAAAGAGAAGGGGGCGACUAGCGGCCACAGGUCGCCGCAGACCUCCGAAGAAGAGUGAGGCCCAUACCCAAUCCCAGGAGGCUGGGAAAACUUCAGCCUCAUAGAGGGAGGUCUCCUUGCUUGGCACUCUUUUCCCUGCUGCCUUGCUGUGGAUCUAGGGGUAUGUCUGAUCCCUGGAAGCAGUAUUUGUAGGGCUGUGUGCCCUAGGCCAUCUGACUUUUCCUGUACAGCUGUUUUUUGAGGCAGGGUCUCAUAUAUCUUAGGCUGGCCUUGAGCUGGGAUGUACCCGGGGAUGACAAUGAACUCCUGACCGAUCUUCAAGCCUUCAUUUCCAUACCAUAACUGCUGGGAUUACAGGUGUGAGCACCUGACCCUGCUAACUGAUUUUUCUGUUGUUGUCUUUUCAAGGGUUUCUCUAUGGAGCCCUGGCUGUCCUGGAACUUAAUCUGUAGACCAGGCUGGCCUUGAAUUUAGGAUCGGCCUGCAUCUGCAUCUGAGAUUAAAGGUGUA